AUGUCUAGUGCAGGUGUAGAAGUUGCUAAUCAUCAUACAGCAUUAAAUGAACUAAAUUCCAAUGAUGAUGUCUCUAGUGAAGCAACUGAGGAUCUAUUACCUGCUAUUGAAAACGGUCACCGGCUAAUGUUUGGGAAAACUAUUGUACGAGUUUCUCGAGUACCAAUCAAUCAUAAUGAUAUCACGCCGAAGUUUAAAAUUAGAUAUCUUUAUCGGCCAAAUGAUGAAAAAAAAUCAAUUGAUGUUAGAAGAAAAUCUAAUAGUAAUGAACAUGUGAAAAUAACUCGUCUACAACGUUCUGAUCUGCACGGUUUCCCUACCAACCUAACACUUUUCACAUUAAAAGCAAAUUCAAGAGAGAAAAAUACUACAAAUGUCAAUGGUUUUCGUCCCAAUAAAAAGCUUCCUGAGAUUGUGAAUGGUCACGGAAUCAAUAAAGAAAUUCGGCAUGUUACGUCGCAACAAAGUGCAACACAAGCCAAUCGUACUCCUAUGGCUGCUCAUAUAAAUAAAGAUUCUAAUCACAAAGUAAUCGCGUCUAAACCCAUGGUUAUACGGCUACCACGUGAAAUGAAUCAAAAUAAAUUGCACAUCUCCGUCAAACACAGAUCUGGUAGCGAUAAAAAAUAA